GAGGAGGAACCAAGACGCAAGCAGCAGGGGCAUUCCCAGCAAUGGGGAAAGUUCAGAGGAAGAAGACGACGAUGACGACGAUGACGACGAUGACGACGAUGACGACGAUGAUGACGAUGCCACGAAGAUGGAAAGACGGCGGCGCAAAAGGAAUAAAACGGCGGGAGCAACCGACAGGAUCAUGCUGGGGUCGGCGUACGAUCUCCUCAACACCAUUCCGAAAUGCGACGAGCACCGGACUGGACGAUUGACUUACCCGGUCAGCAGCGGUCGCAUCGGAGCAGGACUGACGAGCAAGGCGAGAACUUCGGAGCAAUACCGAACAAGCAAGAGGGUGAAGGGAGUGCCGGACCUGACAUUCAGCAGCAUGGACUUCUUUCGAGGAUUGGCAAAGAGGGAAAAGCAGACUAGGCGGAGAGAAAAGCAAAUGGUAACGACCUUUUCCGCGACGAGCAGCACCGCACCGAGGAGGGACAUUGAAGAAAAGGACAUCAAGAGGACGACAGAAGUGCUGGAAGAAGCCAUCACGAGGGCACUGAGAAGAUUGGGCGAAGACAAAAAUGUUCAACAUGAGCCACGGGGGAGCACGAUCGAAAUGAAGAGGUCUGAGUUCCUGUCUUCAGACGGCAUGAGUUCUACAGUGCCCGAUGACGAAAUGUCACGCAGAGACACUGCACCAGAAGAGCGUCUGGCACCUACCUCGAGCAUCAUGGAUGAGGAAGAGACCUCUCAGCGAUCUGCGUAUAGUCAAGCACGCCGCUCUGAGGACAAGCGUCGUGAGAAGCUUGGCCCUGGUAAAGAGAUCGAAAAGGAGGUCAUCCGUGCUUCGACAAAGAAGAGCGUUGUUGUCGAUGUUGGAAGCAUGCCAUGGAGCGCCGAUCGCUUGCAACAGAAACUUGCUUCCGGCCUGGUCCAAGUGCCUUCCACUCGCGACGCUCCAUUGACCGACGAACCCCUAUCAAGCAAGAGCACUGUCACCGCCGACGCAGUACAAUGCACAGAAACACAAGCAGGACCUCGGCCAGGCCGCGAAGACGGUGCCAAAGCCACGCCAAUGCUCGCAUAUGGUCCUCACGGCCCGCAGCAGCCCGCCAAUGCAUGGAAGGCACGGCAUGCCCGAAGCGACAGUCUCGAGGCGUGGGAGCUGAGAGAGAUUGCCAACGAGAACGCCAAAAGGAUCAGGCUGGACUACGGGCCGCCUGUGCCCGGGCUUGUCGCUUCGCCCUUCUACGUUGCGAGCAUGCACUCCGCGAGAAACGUGGACGAGAACAUUACGAUACACAAUGCUGAACUUGGACAGAUCGGAGACUUGGAGAGGGAAGGAGAAGAGGAAGAAGUGUCUCAGUACGGCGUCAAGGAAGAAGAAAAGUCACGUUGCUCGACGUGCGGAGGCCCCGACGAGAUUCUUGAUGUAGGAGAAGCACAGCACCUCAUUCGCUACGAAGAAGUGGAUGGAUCGGAACGUCCCUUCGAAGAGGUUCGACGAAGCGCAUAUCCCAGUGAACAAAUUCAACAGCAGGACUUUGUCCAUCCGCAGUACGAGGACGAACGCGAAUGUGAGGACGAAAUGCAGCACGAGGAACUACCAAGACUGCACUCGAUUGCUUCCGCCCCGACGUGGUCCUCCCAUGACUACCUUCGGCAGGAGCAAGCCACCGAGGGCGUAGAAGGUCUCUUUCGACCUGCUUGGCUUCACCCUGGCCUAUCAUCGCUCGCAGCCCGUCACACCAGCUUCGACGUAGACCAGGACCGCCCAUCGAGCCACUCACACAGCUUCACUGGCCAGAAUGGCCGAGGAAGUGACUCUUUGCUUGUCCCUCAAGAUCAGCUCAAAGGGUUCUGGAAGCCAUUCCGGGCUUGAUGUCUCCUCCAUCCACCCUUGCGAAACAACCCUGCCUCCUGAUCCUGACGCCCCCUCUUUCCACCAUCACCCUCCCCUUGCUGCCCAGCUUGACGCUGGCACUAGGCUUAUCUCUAACGAGUAAAGAUUCAAUCGGAUUCGUCUUUGAUUUACUAGUUGUAGGUU